AUGACAAAAGAUUCACCCAUCAUACACUACGACGCAGUUAUUGUUGGCGGUGGCUUUGGCGGCGUCUAUCAGCUCUACAAGCUUCGCUCACUCGGGUUCCGCGUGCGAGGAUUUGAAAAAGAACCAGCUUUAGGUGGUGUUUGGGCAUCUAACACAUAUCCUGGAGCUCGCGUUGAUUCAGAUGCUCCAUUGUAUCAGCUGUGGCUUGAAGAAUGUUAUGCCGAUUGGACUUUUUCUGAACGAUUCCCACAAGGCCGCGAGCUUCAAGAAUAUUUCCGCCACGUUGACAGCAAACUUCACAUUUCCAAGGACUAUGAUUUUAACACAUUUGUAUCAGAUGCAUUAUUUGAUACUUGCGCAGGAAGAUGGACUAUCACAACGACAGGAGAUGGUGCGGGGAAAUACUCGGCGAAAAACUUCAUCAUUUGCUCAGGCUUUGCAGCCAAAGUCUAUAUUCCAGAUAUUAAAGGCAUGGACCGGUUCAAAGGUAUCAUGCAUCACACAGCACACUGGCCCAAGGAUCAUGAGGUCGACGUUACAAACAAACGAGUAGCCGUAAUUGGUACGGGAGCCUCAGGUGUACAAGUGAUUCAAGCCAUUGCGCCACUAGUCAAGCAACUGACUGUUUUCCAGCGGACACCAAACAUUGCGAUUCCCAUGCAAAAUACCAAGCUCAAUAAGCAGCAAGAAGAACUUAAGAAACCGUACCUGCCACAGCUAUGGGAAGAUACACUAAGGUUUUCUAAUGCUGGGUUUCAGUACAGGUUUGAUAGACGAUCAUGCUUGGAAGUAACACCAGAAGAACGAGAACGGUUUUUCCAGUCAUUGUUUGAUCGUGGAGGAUUUAACUUUUGGGUAGGAACAUUUUAUGACGUUUGGACUAACCCCAAGGCAGAUGCACUACAAUAUGAGUUUUGGCGGCGACAUGUUGUGUCACGGAUCAAGGACCCUAAGGUUGCAGAAAAGCUGGCACCUAAGAAGCAAAUGUGCACAUUUUGCAGCAAACGACCGAGUCUGGAACAAAACUAUUACGAAGUGUUUAACCAGGACAAUGUACGGCUAGUGGACGUUAAUGAGGAGCCAAUUUUGGAGUUUACAGAAACUGGGAUCAAGACUAGUGGGGGUGAAUGUGAAUUUGAUGUUGUGGUAUUGGCCACAGGGUUUGACGCAGUGACAGGAGGACUUACACAAAUCAACAUUACUGGGAUUAACGGGGUAUCACUGAAAGAUAAGUGGAAGCAAGGCGUGAACACGUAUCUUGGUGUGUGUACUACCUGGUUCCCUAACAUGUACUUUAUGUACGGGCCGCAGGGUCCCACUGCAUUUUCGAACGGCCCGACGUGUGCUCAAAUUCAAGCGGAUUGGAUCACGGAUGCUAUAAUUUAUUGCAAGCGCAAUAAUCUCAAGUAUAUGUACCCAGCGCUAGAAGCGGAAGUGGCAUGGCGAUUCCAUGUGAAUCAAUUACAAGAUUUGACGUUACUUAAAGGCAGUAAGUCAUCAUGGUAUGUGGGAUCUAAUGUUCCUGGUAAGACAGUAGAAGCGCUUAUGUACUUGGGAGGGAUUCCAAAGUAUUUGGAAGAGAUUGGAGUGGAGGCUGAUUCAAGUUAUAAGAAUUUUAUUAAAGUGGCCAAGUGA